UCUGCAGCUAGAGGACUAAAAAGGGAAGCAGUGGGUGCUUGUUGGACGACACUCCCCAGAGCUCAGAAGCCUGGCAGGUCCGCAAGCUCAGGGCUGCUUUGGGGGGGCAUCCAGAAUGAACUGAGCUGGGCUGAUUAAGCCUUAGAACACGGCGCAGAUGUGAACGUCUCCCUAAAUGAAACAGUCCCGAGGGCCUGGCUGCCUGCAGAGAGCUGCGUUCCUGCCAUGGACGAGGGCGAGUGGCAAGAGGGGGCCCCCGCAGCAUCUUGCGCAGCAGAAGGGUACUAUCCAGUGAGGAAAGGAGAGACAUUCAACGGGAGAUACCAUGUGGUGCAGAAUCUGGGGUGUGGCUAUUUUUCAACAGUCUGGCUUUGCCAAGACGUGGAGAAGAAGAGGUGUGUAGCGGUGAAGGUGCCCAAGGGAGGGGAGGAUUUUGCAGAGGCAGCCCUGGAUGAAGUCAAGCUCCUUCGCUGCGUGAACAGCAAAAGGAGGAAAGACUGUGCUAGUGAUCACGUCAUCCGAUUCCUGGAUGAUUUCAAAAUGAUUGGAGAGAAUGGUUUCCAUGUGUGCUUAGUGUUUGAGCUGCUGGGGCCUUCGCUGCAGUCCCUGCUGAGCAGCCAAGGGCUCCAGGGCCUCCCGCUGCCCUUUGUGAAGAAAGCCACACAGGAGGUGCUGCAGGGCUUGCAUUUCCUGCACAAGGAAUGUCGCAUCAUCCAUGCUGACAUCAAACCAGAGAACAUCCUGCUUUAUGUCACAGAAAAGAGUCUGCAGAGCCUUCUGCACAGUACAGUUUCCUUGGAAAGCAGCGUGGGAGUCAAGUCAAAGAGGCCAGAGGAUGACAUUGCUACUCUUUUGGAUUGUUGCAACCUAAUGAAAAUGGGAGUGAAAAUUGCAGACCUGGGAAGCGCAUGCUGGACUUACAAGCCUUUCUCCAAAAAGAUCCAGACUCAGCCCUACAGAGCUCUAGAGGUCCUUCUGGGAUUAGAUUACAGCACCCCAGCAGACAUCUGGAGUGCAGCGUGCCUGGCUUUUGAACUGGCCAUUGGAGAGCGGCUCUUUGAACCCCAGGCUGGACGGUAUUUUUCCAGAGAUGAUGAUCAUGUGGCACGGAUCAUCGAACUCCUGGGCAGAAUCCCACCCAAAAUUGCUUUGUACUGGAAGCAGGCAUCACAAUUCUUUACCAGGAAAGGUGCUCUUCUGCGGAUGUCCUGGAUCUCCUCCUAUGACCUCUAUCAUGUCCUCACGGAUAAAUACAGCUGGCCAAAGCCUCAGGCCGCCCCAUUUGCCAGUUUUCUCCUGCCAAUGUUGGAGUAUGCUCCAGAAAGAAGGGCAGCAGCUGAGCAAUGCCUUCAGCAUCCCUGGCUCAGUCCCUAGGAAUUCUGACACUCUUGCUGUGUGCCAGUCCCAGCUGGGGACCAGAAGCAGGCCGUGCUCAUCAAAGAAAUGCCUUAGGGCCAAACUAGCUGUAAGGUUUCUUGCAUGAAUUUGGUUAACAUGUACAUGUUGUUUGUUUCUUAAAUAUAUAUUGCAGCCAUGGGGAAGCUGGAGCAGCUCCAGGUCCAUGAAGAAAGGGGGGUUUGAUUUCUCUUCCCACCCCCAUAGUCUUAAGUAGGGAAAGUCAACCUGCAGCCUCCAGAUGUGUCUGACUACACUCCCAUCAGCCCAAACCAGGAUGGGCAGUGAGCAAAAAUUAUGGGAAUUGCAUAAGCAUCUGGAGGCAGUGGCAGGGAGAGGGUUACAUGCCCCCUUCCUUCCCUGCUCUUGACAGCUGAGCUUCCCCAGCUGUUCUUUAUGACCCAUUACAUGCCUAGCUAAGUGCAUUCAGGUAACUGACCUCAGGGCUAGUUUGGCCUUUGGUCUGUGAAGGGUGGGGCUACAGCCACCUGUGGGACAGCUGGUCACAUGAUCCAAAGAGGUGCUAUAAUAUUGGCUCUUCCUGCAGCCUCUCCAUCCCAGGUCUGUGAGAUUUCUUUCCACUAAUAUGACACAAAGUAAAGACAGGUUGGCUUCCUUCUGGAUUCACAACUGAAAUGACAAAUGUGCAUACUAGAACAUCCAAAGUUGCCUCUGCUAUCAGUCCUGCCCCUCCUAUGUCCUCCCUUCCAGGCAAUUAAAAACGAUGACGUGUUUCGGGAACAUUCUGGUAUUUAUGAAUUCAUUGGUUGCCAGUUGUUUUAAAAGGCAGAAUGGCUCUGGGGGUUGAGAAAUGUGUCCUAGUGACAUCAUUGGUUGUGGGGGAAGCAGGUUUCACUCAAUUAGCACAGCAGCUUCUGCUUCAAAUAUGUAGAGCCAUUUUGUCCAUGCUCAGCUCUCAAGGGGAAAAAUAUAUUUGUGUGCAACACAGUGGAUCAUACUUCCAGAGGGACCCUACUAUUGCAGAAAUGUUAGGUCUGUCCUCCCCACAGUCCUUCUCAGUGUAUUUCUGCAUCUGCUCAUUUUUUCAUGGUUUUUACCAGAAAUGUUGGCUGUCUUGAACACCUCAUCAGCUGCCCUGAUCUGAGCAACACUCCAGUUCCAGCUUACUUAAUGUGAAAGUAUCUCAUGAAAAGGGUUUUGACCUUACCGUGAUGUUCCCAAUUUUGUUGGGAUAAAUGUUGCAUUUGUCAUUUGUUUUCCCAUACUACUUCAAAGCUUCCCCCACUUUAUUUUUGGGGGUAUAUUUUUCUGACCAUAUUCAUCUAUCUAUCUAUCAAUUAAUCAAGAAACCUACUCCAGCAGACACUUUGAUUUCUUUCUACCUGUAUAGAGCACUUGGCUUCUUUUACAACCUAUAUGUCUUAAGAUCCAGUGUCUCACCUGUAAUUUCCUUGGGAAAGUUAUUUUGUUGAUAUCAGUAGGGCAAACUUCCCCAGUCUAAUGCCCUUCAGAUGUUUUGAACUGUGACUUUCAGCAAUGCACUGGCCAUGCUGACCAGGGCUGAUGGGAGUUAAAGUUUAAAGGAUCUGGAAGGCAUCAGGUUGGGGAAGAAUGCUGUAGGGACACACAUGUAACUUGAUUAUCCUUUUUAAAAGAAAGAGAGAAAGCAACCACAAAGAAUACCAAUCAAGGGACAAGGGAAACAUGUGCACACAUGAUGUACAGGCAACAAGCACCUUCCAGAUACAUGUGUUGUUUUUAGUUAUUUAGUGCUGAGGUAAAGGUACCCUGCAUGAGAACUUGGCCAUGUGCUAAAACCAGGUUCUAGGGCUGAGCCCUCUUAAGUCCUGGUUCUUAUCCUAGGCAAGUACUAUGCUUGAACUACCUGUGGACUCUUAAGGCCGUCUUCUUCACCUGGGACCUCCCAGAUCUGGAAGACCCCUGGUUGGUAAGGGCUGGCCUAAAGAGGAAGCUUAUAUUGGCCCAAACCAUUGGUCCAUUGUGGCUUAUUAUUGUGAGGCUGAGUACAGAUGUGCAUAUUUCUAAGGUUCUGCACUCAGCUCCCUUUUUGGCCAGGCAUUCAAGAUUCUUCUCAGGAAACUGAGCUCAGGAGCAACCAGUUCUUUCUGCUUUCAGGUGAGUGUGCAGGUUGAUUGGCUGGCCCAUGUGACAAUCACAAAACCACUUUCCCACACCUGCAGGGGCAGCUGAAAUGGAACCAAAAAAGAGCACUGUGUUUUCUUUCUUUCUUAACACUCAAUAAACUGCUAACCAGAUAAUACCA